UCAGAACAGGUUUAAGUUGUGUUUGUUUAUUUUCAACCACUUGUAGAUGCGACGCCGUCCAAAGUCCAAACUCGGAUUAGACUUUUUAUUGUUUGUUGGUUUAACGAAUCGCGAUUCAAAUCGCAAACUCCGUCCGAACAUGCUGCACGCGUUGGCGCUCCUCGUCGCGGCCCUCCUCGCCGUCGUCUUCUACAUACAGCUGAAGAAAAACGCGAAGAUCAACAAGUACUUGGAGCACAUCCCAGGCCCGAAACCGUUGCCCAUCGUCGGCAACUCGUACAACAUCAUCCGGAAUCCUAAAGGUGUUUUACUAUAUUUCGCGGAGAACGUGAAGAAGUAUGGAACGGUUUCGAGGUACUGGAUCGGAAGAACGCUUUACGUCUUCCUCAACGAUCCCAGAGAUUUCGAGAUUCUCUUGAAGGAUACGAAGAAUAUAAGGAAAUCUAGGACUUACGAUUUUAUUAUUCCAUGGUUGGGAACCGGAUUGGUAACUUCCACUGGUGAUCAUUGGCACAAACAUCGUAAACUGAUCACGCCCGCUUUCCAUUUCAACAUUUUGGAGAAGUUCGUCGAGGUUUUCAACGAACGCGGAAAGGUGCUCAUCGAUAUUCUGAAGAAGAAAGCGAACGGUGAAAUCUUCGAUGUUUUCCCUAUCAUCACGAUGUACACUUUGGACGCGAUCACCGAAACUUCGAUGGGCCUGAAGAUGAAUCUGCAGGAUGAGACCGUAUCGCCUUACGUGGACGCUCUCAAUAAUAUACAAAGGGGAUCGCAGAGGCGCACUUGGAACGUAUUCCUUCAACCCGAUUUCAUCUUUCGGAGGACUUCGGUAGGAAAGCAGUUUUACAAGAGCAUCGAGUUUAUUAACAGCUAUUGCAUGAAGGUCAUUGACGAGAAGACUCGCGCACUCGAAGUCGCCGAAACCAAGCCUGAAACAACAACUGAUGAUUUCGGUAGGAAAAAGCGUAUGGCUUUCUUGGAUUUGCUCAUCACCAAUCGGAAGAACGGAUUCACUGUGACAGAUAUGUUGGAUGAGGUCAAUACGUUCAUGUUUGCUGGUCACGACACAACUUCCAGCGCAAUUUCGUUCGCACUUUACGCGUUGAGCAAAAACGCGGACGUGCAAGAGCGUUUGUACGAUGAAAUAGUUUCGUUAUUCGGAACCGAUGAACGCGAUCUCACCUAUUCGGAUCUUCAAUCGACGGUCUACCUGGAUCAAGUCGUCAAAGAAUCGUUGCGAUUGUUUCCACCGGUUGCCACAUACAGCAGACUUAUAGAACACGAUUUGAAACUAACUAACGUCACCAUUCCUGCCGGAACGUCCCUGGCCUGCUUCGCCUACAUGCUUCAUCGCAAUCCCGAGCAUUUCCCGGAACCGGAAGUCUUCGAUCCGGAAAGAUUCAACGCGGAGAACACGGCGAAGCGACAUCCGUUCGCGUACGCCCCAUUCAGCGCUGGUCCAAGAAAUUGCAUCGGGCAAAGAUACGCGAUUCUUGAGAUCAAGUUGACCCUCAUCGAAAUUCUCAAGAAUUUCAAGAUUCUCCCCGGCAAAGACAUCGACAACAUCCAGAGUUACAUUAUUUUAACAGCUCCUGAUGGCAUCAACAUCCGAUUGCAGCAAAGACCGCUUAAUUAACUCCAAGAAGUUGUUAACAAAUAAUUUAAGUUUUGCAUUUAUAUGCUAGUAUUAAU